AGACCCCAUAUAGUCGCACUAGGUGGGGGAGUCUCUCACCAUUUCUUCUUGAGCCAAUCUAACACGGUUUCCGUUCACUAUAGGGAUCCAAUCACCACUGUUGCCUAGGGAAAUAGGAGAAUGGUACCGUGGGAAGGAGUGAGGACUAACCCUGUUGUAGUCCACCAAAGUCAAAUCAGUAUCUCAGCUCCCCACCGACGUCAAUCAUACGCGGAAUUCACCAAAUGAUUGGAAGCCAUGUGUUAUUGUGUAUAGUGUUAACGAGGUUGACUUGACAUAUGGGGGGAGAGGUUCCACUCUCUUCUUCCUCAAUUCAUCAUAACACAGUCACAACAAGUAUCCUCAACAAACAAUCCCUUAGCCAACAUGGAUUUCCAAUCGAGUGCCCAAAACAUCAGAGUCGAGGGAAAGAAUAUCUUGGUUGCUGAACUCCGAUGCGAGGACGGUCAAUGGCGCGAGGCGAGAGUUAAUCUGGAUGAGCAUCUCGGAAAUGAUGAUGGCCACUUUCAAUGGGGCGGCCAGAACUUCUCCGAGACCGCUAAAGAUGUCCAUUUCGCGAUCGAGGGUGGUUCAAAUGUCCCUGUUCUCCGCGCCCAAUUGCGCGAUCGGAACGGUAACUAUCAACCACGCGACGUCAACCUUGGUGAACGUGUCUACAAUGCAAAUGGAUAUUUCCAUUUCCAGUACUGAUUUGAUCCCUAUAUCAUGAUAUUAUUUGACUAUGGUUGGAAGGACGCCUGCGAGGCACAUUAUGCUCUAGCAUACCGCUGCAAAUUGCCGUUACGGUUUAUAAAUACUUCUUGUAUCUAGUAUAGCUCUUCGGUGUAUGCGAUACCUUUGAACGCAAAUCCAUCCUGGAAUUAUGUUCUCUACCGCAAGAGUCAUACAUCAAGAACUAUCAGUACAGGCACACGAGUACCAUGAAUACGAAACAACAGGCCAUUACCAGCAAGAUGAUAAAGGGAACCUGCCAACCCAUACACCUCCAUAUAGCCAUCCGUGUCCGAUCAACCUGUAACUCUAACCCGAACUCCUUAAAAGCAUCAUAGACCCCCGGGUGUAUCACAUGGUAAAGAAAGCCUGGCAAUGAAAAACAAUACUGACAGAAGAACAAAGCAAAAAGCAGGUAACCGAUGCUGGAAAGCACUCCAUGGCAGCUUCAUGACAGCAGACUCGCAUAAUGCAUAUAUAUAUAAAUAAACAAGGAGAAAGAGAUGGGGAAAAAAAAAAAAAAAAAAA